ACUUGGAAAAAAAAGAAAUUCUGGGGCUACUUGAGCUUACUUGAGCUAAACUAGACUAUGAUUGGCCCCAGAACUACUGCGCGAGGUAUUCGCUGCGAGGAGCACUCGAGUUUCAUUCUAUCAUGAAAUCUGAUUGGCCAAAGAGAAACAAAAGUCAUUACGUCACAGAAAUCGUUUCCUGGCUCGGGUUCGCAGACGUCAAGUGACAGGCGGAAAUACGUCUACGUUCGCAGGCUAUCCCCUCCCCUCCCCUGCCAAAGUAACGCUUGGCUAAGCGAAGAAGUUCAGAGGUCUCAGAAGGUCAGCAGUAGCUCGUUGGAAUAAAUAACAUGGCGGACGUGACAGACCACAUUGGUCCUUUUGUAAGUUUCAAUACGAUCACUCGUUUUAGAGGCAUUAUAUCCUGCUUAGUACUCUCAGUAGCAUAUGUUGGAAGUUUGUAUAUUUUGAAAUCUCCGUAUCCCAGAGAUCAUCCCAAGACCAUCAGGCAGAGAUUUAGAAGUGUGUUUGUAAUAUCUCUUUUGGCUCCUCUGUAUGUUUGGCUCUGGGCAGAUGGAACAUCAGAUCGCAAUGUUCUCUCACUCUGGAAAUACCUGGGAAUUCAUCUGGAAAACAUACUUAUUGCAACUCUAUUUCCUUUGAUACUGACUGUGAUUUUGUUUCUUGGACCAAUCACAUUAUCGUAUUUCAGUGGAGAAUCUGUAAAUGUUAAAGGUUUUUUUGAAUACCCAACAAGUUGGGUUAAUACCAUUAGUUUGCGGAAUUAUCUUGUGGCUCCCCUGACUGAGGAGUUUGUAUACAGAGCUUGCCUGGUGCCGAUGCUUGUUCCAGGGUUUGGAAAUGUGCUGCCAAUAUUUAUUUGUCCAUUGUUCUUUGGAGUAGCUCACAUUCAUCAUGUCAUUGAAAGAUUACAGCUUGGUGAGAAUCCUAAAGAUGUAUGGUUUAGUGCAAUUUUUCAGUUUGGUUACACAACAGUGUUUGGAGGAUACACAGCUUUCUUAUUUUUAAGAACUGGUCAUCUGAUUGGUCCAGUGCUGUGCCACAGUUUUUGUAAUUUCAUGGGAUUUCCUGCUGUUGACCAGGUGCCAGGAUCAAAGUAUCCACGGCUCAUAAGCGCUUCAUUCGUGGCAGGACUUGUGUUGUUUCUGUUGCUUGCUGUACCUCUCACAAACCCAGCUUGGUAUAAUUCUGUAUAUUAUCAACAUCAAGUCAUGUGAAGUAAUAGCUCCUCAGCGAUUCAUUUGCCAAGAGAGUCAAGCCACAGACCUACGAGCGAUGCAUCAAUUGAAAUCAAAAAUAUUCACCUUUUAGGAAUCUUAUAGAUAUAAUAAUUCUCCUUAGGGUUGUCGAAAAAAAAAAAUACGGACCUCACCUACAUAAAUGUCUCAGCCUGUCUUAAAGAAGGGAAAGGAAUUGUCCGGUCAGUCAAUAAAUGUUAUUUUUUGUGCUAAUACUUGGAUAAAUUUUUGAAUAAAUAUUUUUUUUGUCAGGUGAAAUAUUUAAAAGGACAAAAUAAAGUGACAUACUAGACACUUUCCCACGCACAAACGGAUAAACUGGUCUUGCUAUUUGUGAGAAUUAAUUAAGAGGUAAUUAUUUUGACACUAGAAAUAUUUAAUAAAUCAGACAAUCGAGUAUCUA